UGUAGACGACUUGCAAGAAAGCGAAGGUGUGGUGAGUUUCAGCUGAUGGAUGAACAACAUCACGGUGGUCAAAGCGUUCCUCCUUCUCCGGCAAAUGCCCACGGCGGGGGCAACCCCAUCUCGUUCACAUUGCCAUCUUCAUUCGAAGAACGAAAAUGGAGCAGGCCGGCACACGCGGCAUGGCAGCUCUAGCCCAGCUAUCUCCGCAGGGUAGAUGUAGGUGCUGCCCUCCCUCUCGUUUGAUCCCAGACAAGUCUUCCAAUGUACAGGCAAGCAUUUCUCGUUCUCCCGCACUCAUAGUGCUACUCUGGAGGUAAUGUCCCUCACACGAGGACGUUGACCCAAAGCUCGUCUUCUAGAGUGACCAUGGCACCCUCACUACCAAGUAUACAAGACUCGCUCCCAAAGAACAAAUCACUCUAUUACAACGGGCAAUGGCACGAGCCUGAAUCCGGCGAAGUCAAGGAAACAAUCAACCCUGGCAAUGGUCAAGUGAUUGACAAAAUCAGCCAAGCUGGAGCCAAGGACGUCGAUGCCGCCGUACAAGCAGCCCACGAAGCAUUUACAAGCUGGAGACUUACAACGCCUGCUCAGCGAGCGGCCAUCCUCCGCAAAGCAGGGAAUGUAAUGCGCGAACAUGCGGCCGAGCUGGCCUUGCUCGAUGCACUAGAUACCGGCAACCCUGUAGCGGAGAUGCUGAGCGAUGCAAACGUGGCAGCGGCGAAUAUGGAUUACUUUGCCGGUUUAAUUCCCAUGCUGAAGGGCGAAACGAUCCCGCAGUCUGAUGACACCUUCCAUUACACGCUGAGAGAGCCGUUGGGAGUCGUUGCUCGAAUUGUGGCGUUCAAUCAUCCAGUUAUGUUCGCUGGCGCGAAAUCCGCCGCACCUCUCGCAGCCGGUUGCACUGUGAUCAUCAAGCCACCAGACCAGGCGCCACUGUCCUGUUUACGGCUGGCAGAAAUCCUGAGCGAUGUGUUCCCACCUGGCGUGUUUAACGUUCUGCCGGGAAGCGUAGAGUGUGGCAAGGCUUUGUCCACACAUCGUCUGAUUCGCAAAGUCACUCUCAUCGGUAGUGUACCGACUGGGAAAGCAAUUGCUCGGGCGGCUGCAGAUACCUUGAAGCCGACGUUGUUUGAGCUAGGUGGUAAGAACGCGUUAAUCGCAUUUCCCGAUGCAGACAUGGAGAAGCUCGUUGUCGGUGUGGCCAGAGGCAUGAACUUCACAUGGGCCGGACAAAGCUGCGGCUCAACAUCGCGCGUCUUCCUGCAUGAAUCCAUCCAUGACGCCGUGCUUGAGAAAGUCGUCGCUUACGUCAAGCGAGAGUAUAAAGCUGGCAUACCUACCGAACUGUCAACGACCAUGGGUCCGGUCAUCUCGCAAGCCGCCAAAGACCGCGUGAUGUCGUACAUUGACUCUGCAAAGCAAGAAGGCGCAAAGCUGGCAUGCGGUGGCGGAGCACCAGAAGGUAUCGACGGUAUCGACGGAGGCUACUUUAUCGAACCGACAAUCUUCUCGGAAGUCAAGCCGCCGAUGAAGAUUGCACGAGAGGAGAUCUUUGGGCCAGUAAUGUCGGUGUUCAAGUGGAGCGACGAGGCGGAAAUGCUGCAGCAGGUCAAUGAUACCGAAUAUGGACUAACGGCCGCAAUCUUCACUAAGGACAUCGCCAUCGCGCAGAACGUGGUGAAGAAGGUCGAAGCAGGCUUCGUGUGGGUGAACCAGGUCGGGCGACACUUUCUGGGCGUGCCCUUUGGCGGCUAUAAGGAGUCUGGUGGCGGCCGUGAGGAGUGCUUGGACGAGCUGUUGUCGUUCACGCAGACCAAGAGUGUCAAUAUUAACUUGGCUAGAUCGUGACGAUGUCAGAGACCCAGUCUGAUCUCAUAUCACACGACUUUCCGAUCUGCAAGCACAUGCUGUUCAACUAUAGUAUGUUAUGCCGUUGUGUGCUCACAGGAAGAUAGGGUGAUUUCCAUACGAUUCGACGUUCAUCUGGUCAUGUCCCGGAAUGACUGUGGUUUCACCUACCAAGGCGCGCUGAAGAGAAGCCAAUGUUCAAUCUUGGUGAGCAAUCGGCGUAACAGCGGGCGGUUCUUAAUCACAUAUAGUCAUGCCGCCUGCACCUGCUCUGGAGGACGGCAUCUUUCAAAACACCACUAAUCCUCACACUCUUUAGAUCAA